CGGAAUGAGACUUCUUGGAUAUAUAUAAAUACAGGGAUUCCAUCACUGGGGAGCAUUGGGAGACUGGACACCACCAAAAGCAUCGGCACCAAAUCCCACUAUCUGCAUGAUGAAGGCUGCAGCUGUGCUGAUCCUCCUCCUAGGACUCUAUUGCUGCUUCUUUGCCUCAGGUGAGUAUAAUUUUUUUUUUUUUACUUCAUGAAGAUGUUGACCCAGUGUGCAGCAGCUAUGAAAAGGAUGGUUGCUAUAUUAUUUUCUUUAAAAUUAUUAAGAUUUCUUAUCCACUUUUUGCCAUAAGAUCCCAGGGUAGGUUAUAACAGUCUUUAAAAAUACAUUCUUAAAGUCAAUUAAAACAAUUUAAAAUCAGAAGAGUAGAGUAGGUUACAUAUAUAUAUAUUUAUGCAUGUAUGCAUGUAUGUACACAUAUACACACACACACACACACUGGAUUAAAUGUGCCUUUUGUCCGUUCCAGGAGGAUCAGGGAGUAAAUAGAGUUAAGCAGUCCAAUGGGAAUGCUUUUGCUCAGUGCCAGAACACUUGCAUUGCAUGCGAAAGGUUUCAGGUUUAAUCCUAAAACCCUGGAGAGACACUGCCUGUCAGUGCAGACAAUACUAAACUAGAUAGAUCACCGGUCUCUUUCCGUUUAAGGAAGAUUCCUAUGUCCUGAAGGACAACAUAACUCACACUCACCUUGACUCUGAUACACCCAGCUCUCUGAAUGUCACCUAUCUUGAAAAGAAUGAUUCAUGUCAUUUAUGGAUAUAUUUUAAAAUGCAGAUUAAUAGCAGAUUAAAUUGAUGGAUGAUGUCAAAAUGGCAAAAAUGACUGGAAGAAUCAGAAAUCAGGAAAGCCAAAUUUUUAAUAAAGAAUGCGGUAAAUUUUUAAUUUAUCUUUAAAACCAUUGUAAACAGUUUAAAUUGUUAGUAGGAUUGGAAUAACACUUGUAGUUUAAUGGUGAAUUUUGGAUAUAAUGGAGAUGUAAAAGAUUUGGAUUAUUAUAAAAGAUGCAGGAGGAAAUGAUUAAAAAUAGGACCCACAAAGGGGAGGAGGGAAGUUCAGGAGAUUCUAUGGAAUCUUGUCUUUAUGUUCUAUGUUGGAUAUGUGAUUGUAAAACUGUAAUUUGAAAAACCAAAUAAAUAAAUUAAAAAGAAAAUGCAGCCCAAAAGGUAAAAUUUAUUUUUAGGUCUUGGAGCCAAAGGAGAUAGCCUAGGGCUUCCUUUUUGCACAAAGGGCCCAUUGGGAUGCGGGUGGCGCUGUGGUCUAAACCAGGGAGCCUUGGGCUUGCUGAUUGGAAGGUCGGUGGUUUGAAUCCCCAUGAGGGGUGAGCUCCCGUUUUUCUGUCCCAGCUCCUACCAACCUAACAGUUCGAAAGCACGUCAAGGUGCAAGUAGAUAAAUAGGUACCGUUCCGGUGGGAAGGUAAACGGUGUUUCAGUGCACUGCUCUGGUUCACCAGAAGUGGCUUAGUCAUGCUGGCCACAUGACCCGGAAGCUGUACGCCGGCUCCCUCGGCCAAUAAAGCGAGAUGAGCGCCGCAACCCCAGAGUCAGUCAUGACUGGACUAAACUGUCAGGGGUCCUUUACCUUUGCCUUUAAUGCACAUAAGCAAUGUGAGCGUGCUAAACUUUUCUCAUUACAAGUGAUGUACAUUUGCUUCUUAUACCAGUAACCCCUUGAAAGGCCAGUGAGGGAUGUCAGUAUUCUCAUCUCCAUUUUGCAGAUAAGGAACUGAGUAUCACUGGUAGUGGCUACCCUGAGACCACCCAGUGAAGACAUAACAAAAGUAAAAUUUGAAACAUGAAAUCCGCAGGUCAUCACCCUAGCAUCAACAAACCAAAUGAACAUAAAGAGAGUGGUGACCAGUGGCAAAGGGCUGCCUGGACCACUCUGCAGCUGCCACCUGGGAGGGAUCCUAGUUGUUUUAAUUGGUGCAGCUAGGUGGCUAUGGCCAAGAGAGUGUGACAACAGGAGUCUUUAUAGAGCAGCAGAGGUAUCAGCAAAGUUACACCAUCUCUCUACACUGGCCUUCAAAGACCUCUACAUAGGCACCUCCACACACAGUGGCCUUUUUGUGCUCUCCAGCCCUCCCAGGCUUGCCGCUGGCCAGGGUGACGUAAGGACCACACACACAAACAAUCAAUCACGUAAGGCUGGUGUUGUGCAAAUUCUGUGAACACUGACUUUUAGCACAGUGCUCUGAGUGGUUUGCCAAAGGUGUGCCAAAGGUGAAUGUGUGGGUAGUUCCACUCAUUCAUAUUAUUAUCAUAAGAACCAGCAUUUCAUGUAUCUUGAUGAAUUUGUAUGUAUAUUCCCAAGUGCAAUGAGGAUCAGGUUAUUUUAUUUUUGCUUUCUCACACUGUAAAAGAAAAUAUAAAAUUGAGAAGCUUUUACACAAUAAGCUUUAAUUCAGUUUUUAAAAAUGGUUUUCAUCUCUGUUGUUUCUUUGCUUUCUCUUGCAGAUGCUCAUCAUUCCUAUGAGCCACAGGUGAGUCCAUCUGUUGAUUGUUUCCUGUGGAUAUCUAGAUAGUAAUAACAUUUUUGAGCAAGAUCCCUUGUGUGGAAACUAAAUAAAAAGCCUGUUAUUACACCACCAUGAGAAAUGGAGAUCCUGAAACAAAUCUUACCGUAUUCACUUAGUACAAGUCUCAUAAUGCAUGUUCCAGACAUGUGAUGAUCCCUUGCCUGAAUUCACAUCCAUUGGACCUCAGUGAACAGACAGGAGGAGUGGGGGCAGCUUUAAGUAUUCUGGCCUCAAGUCCUGCACUUCACAAUUUCUUUAUGAAUCCACAAAAUAUGCUUGUGUAUCCAUCCAGACACUGGUCACAGGAGACAUACUGUCUCUCAAAACAUAAUGCAGUUCUUUCUGCUGAGAGCAUAGUUCUGGGAGUCUGAACAGGCAAAGUUCUGUUCAUUAGGAAACAAUAUCAAUAAUAUCAAAGAUGAAACUUCCAAUACCAUAAUGCCGUACUCCUUAGAGUACUCCUCAGAAUAGAUCCAUUGAAAUGAAUAAACAUGACUAGCUUAGGUCCAUUUAUUUUAAUGGCUCUACUGUCUAUAACUUGGAAUUCUGUGUUUACAUGCUUGGCAAAAAAAUAAAAAUAAAAUAAAAGGGGGGCAGGCAUCCUGGGGGUGGGGUGAGGGGACUUUGACAACCACCAGCACACCCACCCAAUGUGUUUUGAUUAUAUAUGAUUUUAACUUUAUGUGCUAUCCAUGGAACACAACUCCUGCAUAUGUUGCUGGUCUACUGUAUAGUUCUGCCACUUCCAUUCCUUAAACUGAAUACUGAAAAAGGUGCAGAAGAGGGCAGCUGGAAUGAUCAAGGGUCUGAUUUGACAAAACAGGACAUUCUGGGGUUAUGUGCUGUCUUUGCUCACAAACCUACUUGAGCUGAUUCCAUUUUCUGUAACCAGGAAAAGCACAUAUGCUUUGGAGUUUGCAUAAUUUCCCCAAGGCUAAAAAGGCGAAGAGAGCAAUUCAGUCAGGAUUUAAAUUCAGCGGUGCCAAAGUGGUCGUGGUUUUAAGAAGAGAACCUUUCCCUUUUCCAGGUUGACUGCAGUGCUUAUAUGAAGCUUUCCGACAGGACCAAACCUAAAGGAUGCACCCUGGAGUACUUCCCAGUAUGUGGUUCCAAUGGCCAAACGUACACCAACAAAUGUCUCUUUUGCAGAGCAGCCAUGUAAGUAGGAAAAUAGCACUCCUGAAUAAGUGAAGCAGAGAUAAGCUACUUUUGUGAAGGGGGCACAUGACUCCCAUAAUGUGAUAGACUCAUUCAGACAUCAAUGCUAGUGUUGUUGUAUUUACAUGAUAGUGCUCUCUCAUGCCCAUAUAAGUAAAUGCACAGAGUACAAUAACACAUUUCAAGGCAGUCAUCCUCUGAGCCAAUGCCAGCAAGCCUUUCCUCAUAUCCUCAAGGUUAGUGGUGGUGUCAACACAAGGGAUGAGAAAUGAUUUCAAUUUUGCUUGCAUUUUAAUGAGAAAUUACCUAAUUUCUACUUCUUAAAGCAAUAUGUGAACCGAAACACAACAAUCCUUUAAAAUUCAUGCUUCUCUGAAUUUUGCAACGUUGUUAGAAACAUAGGCAGCUGCCAGAUGCAGAAUCGGUCCAUUGGUCCACCUAGCUCAGUAUAGCCUACACACCAACUGGCAUCAGCUGUCCAGGAUUUCAGGCAAAGGUCUCUCCCAGGCCAGCCCUACUUGCAAAUGCCAGGGAUUGGAACUAGAAUCUUCUGUAUGCAAAACAGGUUCUCUACCACUGAGCUGCACCAGUUCUCCUAGCAGGCAAUGCAUAUAUUUGGGUGAAGUGUGCAUUAAACUGUAUACAUUUAUGAAAGUAACAUACAGAAAUGCAUUCUGUUGAGGGAAAUUGCUUGUAAAAAAGGAAUGCAUGUUAUUCAAAACUGCAUGCUAAAUGCACACAUUAGCGGAGAUUCACACUAAUAUGCUGGCAGAAAUAUGGAAAACUGAAAUUAAGAUGGGGAAAACGAGAAACUGAGAGAAACCAAAAUGGACAUGUUUGUCCAUCCCUAAACCCACAGAAAUUUCAUUUCUGGAACAUGGGGGAUCAGCAGAGGCACUGAGUCAAGGUUUUUCUCUAAGGCUAUCCACUUAGGGCACUAGAGCUAGUGCAGCUGAACUCCAAAUCAAGGUUCCUGGUUUGAAGGUUGUCUCUACUGUGAACUCACUAGGUGGCAAUAAGCAAGCCACUCUCUGUCAGCUUCUAUUCCACCCCAUCUGCAGCAUUUGGCCUAAUAAUACUGACCUAUCUGACAGCAAGGCUGGGGAACCUGGGGCCCUCCAGAUCUUUUUGGACUCCCAUCUGCCCCAGUCAGUAUGGCCAAAGGUCAGGGGUGAUGAAAGCUGUAGUCCAGCAACAUCUGGAGGGCCACAGGCUUCACAUCUGUGUCUGAUCAGAUUGUUGUAUGGAUUGCAACCAAGUGCGUAUGACACUUAAAAACACUGUGCAAAUGUUAAGUAUUGUUAUUAGCUUUGUUUUAUUUUCCUGUUUUCGCCCUAGAGCAAGUCAAGGGAAGAUCCAUUUUAAGCAUUAUGGGAAAUGCUGAGUCAUUGCCGCACACAGUCUAUGGAGGCGUGUUCCGUUCAUCUCUGGCAGCUCUGCCUUGCUCUUUUCAACUCAUCCUGCCGCAUCCUAAUCCACUCAAG